GUAAGUUUAACCACUGACCCCUUUAAUUAAUAACUGGAUUCCUAGCAUGAAUGGAUAAUGAAGUAGAAUAGAAAAUUUUAAAAAUUUAAUAAAGAUAAACAACAAAGAUAAAUGAAGGAUUUGAGGGUGAGUUCAGAAUCUGCCUUGGCUGACUUCCAUAUGAUGAACUGUAAAGGUGGAUAACUACCACUCAAAAUCUCUGGCAUCUACCUUGUCCUAAUUUGAACUGUGUGAUGUGGUGGAGAGAAUACUAAUUUAAGAAUCAGAAGUCUUAAUUACAGAUCAGCUUAACUAUUUUCCCUUAAAUCGCCAUCGGGAAUCCUUUUUUUGCCAUUAUGUCAUCAUAGUUAACUUAAUUCCUGAGGUGGCCCUCUUGUUUGGUUUCUCAGAAAAAAGAGGAAGGAUAGUUACUGUUUGAUCGAUUACUAGAGGUUCAGUUGGGACAAUGUAUUUUAAACUUAGAGCAUUUGAAUAUAUUUUACUGUAAAGACAAGAAGGACAAAAAGGGUGAUUAGGGAAACAGAAAAUCUCAAGCUAGAGAUUUUUUUUUUUUUUUAUUUGAGAUGGAGUCUCGCUCUGUCACCCAGGCUGGAGUGCAGUGGCGCGACCUCGGUUCACUGCAAGCUCUGCCUCCGGGGUUCACGCUAUUUCCUUGCCUCAGCCUCCCGAGUAGCUGGGACUACAGGCGCCCGGCUAAUUUUUUGUAUUUUUUUAGUAGAGACAGGGUUUCACUGUGUUAACCAGGAUGGUCUCUAUCUCCUGACCUCGUGAUCCGCCUGCUUUGGCCUCUUUUUAUCUUUUUCUUUACUGUAAGAGCCAGGAAAUUCAGUGUCAUGCAGUGGGAUAAAAGUUAGGCAUUAGAACAAAUAAAAAAGGAGAUGGGAACUUGUCUGGGUGAAGUUAGUCCUCCCAAUGAAGUGAUUCAGACCACCUUCCCUGCAUGCUAGGGGUUUUGCCAGACAUCCUUCAUUUUGGUCUGGGGCAGGAAGAACAGUGUGCUGCUGUGAAAUGUUAAACCAUUGAGGUUUGACAGUGUGACCCGAAGGUUUGAAGGUGUGACUAGAAGCUGUGUGCUAAGUUUCUAGCUAACAGUAUGGUCAGAAAGGAGUGAGUAAAAUGUGUGGUUUCCCAAAUAAAAAAGGCUUUUGCAGGAAGGGAGCCAGAAAAUAAGCAAAUUAAUACUUCAUAUAUUCAUAUUUGUGUGUAAUGUGCAUGUUUUGCACAAAAGUGAAUUUGGAAGACAAAGUACCAGAGCAUUCAAAACUCUUCGUAUUUCUCUUCUUUCUGUUUUAUUAACUGGUUGUGAUAAAGUUUAAUACUUCCAACUUUGUGCCUCUGUAAUCAAAAGGCCAGGGAGGGAGUUUCAAUCUCAUUUGAAGUUACUGUUAUCUUCUAGUGCUUGUUGUGUUAUCCUUUAAAAGAGAAAUUUGCCUUUUCCAGCAAUUCAGAGCUUGGUAAUAAAGAGAAAACAGAAGGAGCAGCUAGAAAAUUUGGCUUUCCCAUCGUCAGUUUCAUUCUGCCUCUUUUCAAAACUAUGAACAAAUCUAGAUUUUAUAGUCAGUUCCUUUUAACUUGAUCCACUUUGUUCAUCAAGUGCACUUGGAGGCAUCUUGCCUCUUAUGUGUGCUGCAGUUUCAAUGAUGAAUAAGACAGACUUGUGGACUUUAUAUUAUGAUAGAGGAGACAAUAUGUAAAAGGUAUAAAAAAUUGUGCUCUGCACUUGUCUAGUCUCCAUCCUGAGAACUAUUCACCUUCUCCCCAGCUAUGUGGAUGUAAAUCAAAACAGAAAAAUGCCUCAAUGUAACCAGUAUCUAUCUGAAUGGGGCAGUAAGAUAUGCAGCCACGGAAUGGUUUCUCUAGAGUGAUGGUGGCACUGGCACUCCAAGCCUCAUGGCAGGAUAGAGAACCUGGCUCAGUAUGAUGUCAGGAUUUCUGCACUGCAGUCCUGGUGUUUCCCCAUUAGAACCUUAGGGGAAGAUAAACAAACAAGAAAACAGUUACUUAUUUUGAAGUGUAAGAAAUCCUGUCUGUAGUGCUAACAUUUAAUUAGUCCUAGCCUAUGAAGCGUGUGAUACUUUUAUUGAACCUAUGAGAAAAGUGAGGCUUGAGGAUUUGGUUGACUUGUUCAAAUUUUUAUAGAUAAGAACGAUUUGAAUCUUGGACUUCAAGUAACAAUUUUUAACAUUUUAUGAGAGCCCACCAUAUAUAUGCCAGGUUGUAGUUAGGCACUUUGAGAUGGAUCUUAUCUCAUUUAACCCUCAUAGCAACCUUGGAUGGCAAAAAAUAUCACUAUUUUACUGUGGUGAAUACAAGACUUAGAGAAUUAACUUGCCUGAAGUCACACAUGGGAGCUAGGGGCUAGCAUUUCAAGCCAGAUUUGCCUGGUUCCAGGAUUCAUGCUUUGUGGCAAGAGCCUUGUUGGAAGCCUGGGUCCUUCUGAAUUCACGGUUCAUUGUGCUCUGUCUUCAGUCAGGCCUGAUUUUAAACAGGAAUGAAGAAUUAGCAAUAAUGUUUCCUUAUGCAAGUCAAUGAACUUCUUCACUUUAGUUUCCUCAUUUGUAAAAUGGAGACAAUAAUAAAUACUUGUCAAUGUUGGGAGGUUUUAAUAUGUUUAUAUGCACAAGAGGUACUCCAAUACGUGACAGUAUCUCUGUCACCUUUUCAACAUCUGCUAUUAAUACACCCCAGCUCCUGCCCCCGUCACCCACUUCCUAUCUUCUCUUACAGAACUAACUUUAUUAUUUUGACAUUGAGAUAAAGGGAUACAGACCAUCUUUACUCUGAUUUGGGAUUGACAAAGCCAAUCCAGGAUGGAGGGAAAGAAGAAAAUGCCCAGCAGCAAGUAUUCCUGAAGUGUCCAGGCUCCACGCAUGAAACUUUGCCUACAUUAUUGAGUAAAAUUAGCCUCUGGGAGACGUUUCAUCUGACCGCCUGCGCAUGAUGAUGUGGCCGACCUCACAGACUACAUGUCCCUGUAUCAGCAAUUUCCCCUGCUGUUCUUUGCCUCUAUCCCACACUCCUUAUUAACCACUAUCACCUAAUUUGAAGAACAAUUUAAAUUGGUUUCCUAGAACUGUAAUCAGAAGAUUGAAAAAGACUGAAUCCAAUAAAAGCGAAAGUCAAUGAGAGAUCUGAGUACAUUCUGGCAGGGUCUGCCUCAUGGUAGAGUGAUAAAAAUGAAUUUUUUUAAGUCUUCAAUAUAGGUGAAAAUGUGAGGCCUUGCUGGAAGGUUUUAGGGGCAGAUUUAUGAAGUGAGAUUUCGUGGGCAAAACUCAAGUAGAGAGAUAAUUUGCCAGCAUCUUUUUCUUAAAAAAUCAAAUGUGAACAUUUUCACACAACUGAUGGAACAUCAAUGGGGACAUCUUUUCUGGAGGGCAUUUGGUGAUAUAGAUUAGAGUUCUUUAAAUACAUAUACCCUUUGACAUAUAAUUUUAUGCUUAAAAAGUUUCCCUAACAAAAUAUUCAAAAGUACAGACCAAAUACAUUUUACAGUGGCAAAAAAUUGAAACCAAUUUAAGUAUCCAACAGUAGGGGAUUGCCUAAAUAAAUGGUGGCUUAUCCCCGUGAGUAAUAUUUUUAAAAUAACAUUUCAGAUGAAUUUCUUUAAAAUAAUGGAAUACAUAUUAUUUAUUAGAAAAUAAUAAAUCAAAAAUACUGUGUAAGGAAUGAUACCAACCUUGAUAGUAAACACAACAUUCAGAGAAAAAAAACUGGAAGAAUAUAUGCCACAAUUUUAUAGUGGAAUUACAGAUGUUUUAAAGUAAUUUAAAAAAUACAUUUACCUGAAAUAUAGAUAGAAAAAGGAACUUUUAAAAAAUAGUGACAUAUAGGAGAACAUUUCUAACAGACACUAUUAUUUAAACUAAGAGCUAAAUAGUUUAAUCAUUACAUUUCUUUUAUAUGUCUAUAUUUUUAUACAUAGACAUUUUAGUCAUCUCUUUUAUCAGCAGUUUCUCUAAAGUAUGUUAGUUUUUUGUUAAUGAUAUUAGUUUUAUUUUCUCCAAAGAUGUGUACAAAAUUUGAUCUUUUCAGCCCUCAAAUACUGAUUUUGAACAUUAUUUUGCAAAGAGUACUAAGUGGUUGGUUAGUUGAGAUAGAGGAAUAUACAGCUCUUGACCAUCUUUCCUUUCCCGUCAGUACCAGCUUUCAUCAUACAAUUUCCUCUUAUCACUUUGGUCAAGAGGUGGGGCAGAAAAUUUAGAGUUAGAGUAUCAUUUGAAGACAAUUUAUUUCUGCCUUUCAUGUUAUAGCCGCUAAGGGAUCUAGGACUGGAAAGGCCAGCUUCUCCCUCAUUUUGAAAUCAGUUUUAUCCACCUGCACCACUGCAUAGCACAGAUACAGGUAAUAUCGGCUUUUAUUUUCUCAGAUCUUUCUACCAGAUUAUCCUUAGUCUUACUAAUUCUAGAAAUAUGGCAUUUAAUUACAAAUGACUUAGCAUUAUAACAGGAAUGAUAGGAAAGCAUUCACUACGGAUUAUAUUAGAGCUGCAUUACUCUGAAGGAUAUUGUAGUUCAGUAUUAACAAAAAGUUACGUUCUCUUUCUCAAUAUGCUAUGAUUUUUGCUUUGUUAUCAAAAUAAAGAAUAGAGAUUUGAGGGGUUAAUUACUUUUUACUUAAGUCUAAUGAUUUACAUAUUUUAUCCAUCUUGGAUGACUCUAUAAUAGAAAAUACUUCUUUUUCUUAGGAAAUUAGGGAAAAUGUGACUAGGUUAGAAAAUUUUGUAAAUUAAAAAAAUUUAGAAAAGAAUAUCGUUACAUGUGCAAUUUGUUUUUUCAUAUUUCUCGUUUCUUGGAUAUCAUCUUUUUAUAUUGACUAACAUAAGAAGUAAAUUUUAGGUAUUUACUAUUUAAUUAUUCUUUUCUAUAAUGACAUUCAUUAAUAAAUUGAAUCUUUUAUGGACAUUAAUGACUGCCUGUUGACAACUUUUAUUUUCACAUAGGCUUCUCUGGCAAUAUAUUGGAAGAUUAUUUCUAAAGUUUUAAUGUACAUGGAAUCAUUUGAGAUUAUAAAUACAUUUAUCUGGGCUCCAACCGAAGUGAUUUUUAUUUAGUACAUCUUGCAAAAGGCACUGAAUCUGGAAUGUUAACCAAUUUGCAGUAUUAACCCUCAAGUAAUUCUUUUGUAGAGGGUAUAUGUGAUACAUUUUGGAAAGCACUCUGGUAGAGUCAAGUAUAGUUGAAAAGAAUGCAAGAACUUUGUUGCAUUUAUAUGUGUAUUAGAAUAAAUGUAAGUUUUUAAAAGCCGAGAUAUUUUUAUUUUUUUAGAAUUUAGAUUUUUUGUUUGUUGAACUGAUAGUUUUAAAGUGUUUCAGUGAUUUACGGUGGUAUCAAUUUUACCUAACAUUUGUAUAUGUAUGUUGAAUAUUUUGAGCAAAAUUGGCUGGAUGAAUAGAACAAUAAUCUACUGGUAGAUUUUUGUUCUCAUCAUUUCUGUAUUUUCUAAUUAUCAUGGCUGUGAUCACUAGAAGUAUAAAUGACUUUAACAAAAAUAUUGAAAGAUUUUUCGUGUCUUCUAUAAGUGAGGCUCACUCUACAUGCUUUAGGCACUUAGUUAAACACACACCAACAGACACACACACAGACACACAUACAUCUCUCAGCAUCAAAUCCUGGUGUGUUCCUAUUGGCUGACAUUUUAAUUUUUCUUUCAACAGAAACCAUCCUAUUGCAGGAUUUGAAUGCAAAACUUAUCUUCUGACUCUAAAGAUGAAUGAUCAGGGAGAGACUUAUGCAACCCUGAGAUUUUCGCAGUCUCCGUCAGAGUCACAGAAUAGAUUAAGGCCUGAUGAUACUCAAAGGCCUGGGAAAACUGAUGACAAAGAAUUUUCAGUGCCCUGGCGUCUCAUUGCAGUGACUCUUGGGAUCCUCUGUUUACUUCUUCUGAUGAUAGUCACAGUGUUGGUGACAAAAAUCUUUCAGUGUAUUCAAGAAAAACAUCAGCAGCAGGAAAUUCUAAGAAACUGUAGUGAAAAGUACAUCAUGCAAAAUGACAACUACUUAAAAGAGCAGCUUUUGACAAAUAAGACUUUAAACUAUGACAUUCUCAAAAAUGACAGCUUUCAGCAGAAAAAGGAACUGGAUUCACUCCUUAUACAAAAGAACAGAUGUCGUAGAGAAAAUGAGAUCAUUUUUAAUGAGAUCCUUUUAAAAGUUUUGCAAAAUACAGGCAAAUUCUCUGAAGACCACUGGUCCUGUUGUGGAGUAAACUGUUAUUAUUUUACCAUGCAGAAGAAAGACUGGAAGGGAUGUAAACAGAUUUGUCAACAUUGUAGAUCAUCCCUUUUGAAGAUAGAUGACACAGAUGAACUGGCCUUCAUUCAAUCUCAGAUUUAUGAAAAUAAUUACUGGAUUGGAUUAUCAUAUGAUGAAAGGGAAAGUAAGUGGAAAUGGAUUGGUAAUGGCACAUCUCCUGGAAUUAAUUCUACAAUAAUGCAUUUUUCUUCUGGGAGAGGAGAAUGUGCAUUUUUGACCUCAACAAGAAUGGCAACUAUUGAUUGCAUUCAAACGUACAAUUGUAUAUGUGAGAAGAGAACUGACUCUAUUUUCUCUGAUUCAGUGUGCACUAAGAAGAAAAGGUGAAAAAGGAAUGUUUUCUUUUUUUGUUUCCUAUAAUAAUUUGUGAUUAUAAAUCAUUGCUUUUAACUGCAGGACUUAGUUAAUUCUUCAAACAAUAAAGAUGAACAGGAAAAAAAAAUUAUUUUGAACUAUGACUUUAAAGAUCAGAUGCCAUCUUUCUUCCUGGAGAAGAGGAGAUUUUCUCUUUUGAGAGUGGUUGCUCCUUCCUUUAAUGUCCCUGAAGAAUUAUUCAUUCUUUCUAAUUCUCGGAACUACCUAUACAACCAGUUAGAGAACUCUGAUAUUAUAUCCUGGGUCUUUUUCUUAUCAAUAGGAUAAAUCAUUCCAACAUCUUCUGGUUUUGAUAGCAGUUGUGAACUAGAAUGUAGUCAUUUUCUUCCCAUCUAGAAGUUACCUCAUUUUUUAAAACAUUUGUUUUGCUUCAAAAUAUAACUUCAAACUUACUGAAAGUUGCAAGCAUAGUACAAGGAACUUCUAUAUAACCUUUACUCAUACUUACUAGUUGUUUAUAUUUUGCUCUGCUCUAUAUUUCUCUCUCUCUUUCUAUCUUCCACUUAAUAAUAAAUUGAGGACUUCAUGUCCCUUUGUCUAAAUAUUUUUCAAGAUCAAGGGCUUUGUUUUAUAUAAUCACAGUGCAAUUAUCAAAUUCAGGAAAUUUAGCAUUAGUACAGUACUAUGAUCUAAUCUGUAAUCCAUGUUCAAAUUUUGUCAAUUGUCCCAAUAAUGCCAUUUAUACGUAUUUCUUAAAAAUCCAUGUUCAGGAUAAUGCAAUGCAUUUGAUUGUAAUGUCUCUUUAGUCUCCUUUAAUCUGAAACAGUUCUUUAGGCUUUUUCUUGACCUUGACAUUUUAAAAAUUAACUUUAUUGAGUUAUACUUUUCAUGCAAUAAAAUGCACUCACUUUAAGUCAUGAGGAAUAUGGGUUUUAACAUAUAUAUGUAUAUACACACACACACACACACAUAUAUAUCUUACACAGUAUGAAAUCAAGAUAUAGAAUACUUUCAUCAUCUCUAAAAGUUCCUUUCUGCCCUUCGCCACCCACUUUGCCCCAGGCAACCAGUGAUAUGCUUUCUAUCUGCAGAUUAGUUUACCCUAGUCUAGAAUUUAAUGCAUCAUGUACUCUUCUGUAUCUGGCUUAUUUUCACUCAGCAUGUUUUUGAAUUUUAUCUAUAUUUUGUGUAUCAGUAUUUCGUUCUUUUUCUUACUAGGUAGUAUUCUAUUGUACACAUAUACCACAGUUUGUUUCUUCAUUCACCUGUGGACAUUUGAUGUGUUUCCAGUUUUUGGCUAUUGUGAAUAAAGGUGCCAUGAACAUUUGUGUGCAAGUA